AUGGCCCCACCAAUGUUUGCCCUGAGCGAACUAGCGACAAUUCCUAUCCAUGGCCUACAGCUCUUGGGCUACAGAUACCAAAGCUACAAGCAUGGUGGAAGGCCUGGAGGGUUGCGGGAGCUUUGGGGUACAGCGAACUGGAGACCACGUCGAGGGUGCAGCAGGGGCAGCCAGACCCCAAGCCCGGCCAUCCCUGCCACUUGCCAGGUGGUUGUGCAGCUACCACCCAGGACUAUAGCACCAACCCCUGUGGGCACUCUCUUCAGCAUCACUCCAGGAAGUACCAGAAUCAUCGAUGACUGGAAAUUCUUGAUGCAGUGUCAAAACUCAGCUGUGGCCAAAAUGUUCCCUAGAGACCUGCCCACCAUUCCUGGGGUCACCAGCCCAGCCAGUGAUGAAGCCUCCAUGGAAGCCAGUCAGAGCCACCUGCUAAAUAAUCCAGAAGAUAAGUGGGCAGGCGGCGAAGAGUCACAGUUUGAGAUGGACAUUUAA